CGAUGUAAUCCAACGGCUGAGAUCAUCCAUGUUUGACCCAUCCCAUCACGCCUUCAUAUCUUGAAAAUGCUCCCAAUCUCAAAACUCUUCUCCGCAAAAAUUUCAUCUUCUUAACAUUUUCAUCUCAACACUCAAACCCUUCUUCUCUGAUCCAUCUUCAAUUUCCUUUCACACCCUUUUCCUCUUCCUCACUAAUCCUAGUUCUUGCUUUUCUCUCCAAUUUUUACUCCUUUAAAUCCAUCAAUUUUGAUUUUUGAAAUUCAAUUUUUUUUGUUUGAUUUCAGUUAAAAAGUUUCUAUUUUUGGUUCAACACCAUAGAUUUAUACAUAUAUUGAGUUUUUUUCGCUGAUUACUAUUUUUUUUAUUUCUAUCUUUGAAUUCAUUAAUUGAUUUGGUACUGUGUAUGGUUUUGAUGUAAAGUUUGGAACUUUAUGCUAUAUUUGACUGUAAAAAUUCAUUUAAGUUAAUGGGUAUGAAAGUUGAAUAUUGGAUUCUGUUCUUGAGAUUAGAUUUAGGAUUCCAAAAAUUGAAAGAAAAACGACCAUCUUAAAUUUGAACCAUGUUUUUUUUAUGAAAAUUCCUCACCACUUUAGCCCAAUAUAUGAAUGUUGAAAAAAUUGAUCAAAGUUACAUUAUACUCCACUGUAUCUGAAUCUUCAAUCUCAUCAUGCUUCUUUCUUUUCUUUCACGUUUGUUUUCUUGUUUCAUAGCUGCUAUAAUGAGAUUCAUGACAGUUCUUCAAUUAUAUCCUAAAGAGCAAGUGGUGUCUUUGAAACUUCUUGUAAACACAGACACUAACAAAGUUUUAUUUGCUGAAGCAGAUAAAGAUUUUGUGGACAUUCUAUGUAGCUUCUUAACAUUACCAUUAGGAACCAUUGCAAGACUUCUUCAGAAAGAGUCAAGUAUUGGACCGGUUACAAUUGGUUGUCUUAACUCACUCUAUCGAAGUGUUGAAAAAAUGGGUUUGUUGACAAAUUAUAACUCGUCGGAAGAUUAUUGCCGCACUCUCAGAAUUAAUUUUGAUGACUCUCAGCCCACAAAGUACUUCAUAUGUUCCAAGUAUGAAGAACUCGAUUAUCAAUGCACUUAUUUGAGCAUAGGUUCAAAAAACAAUUAUUGUUUCUAUGGGCAUCCGUUGUCCCAUUCAGUUUCCCUUUCAUCAUCCCUGAAAGAUUUUUGCUUAGGAUUUGUGAAGUUUAAUAAAAGUUUUGUCAUUAGCGAUAAUUUAACUGUCUUGCCGCAUUCCAUGGAUCACAUGAUCUUUGAUCUGAGCAACAACUUUGGAAUAAAAAGCACAAGUUCGAUCAAAGAAAUGACGGUCAAUGUCACAAAGGGAAAGGUAUUGGAUCUGUUAAAGUGUUCAUUGUUUUCCAAGACACCUCUAACUGAUGUGUUUUUAGGCAUGAAACCUCGUAUAGAGAGAUCAAGGAUUUUCUCUGAUGAUGUUAAAACAAUUUUUAGUGAUGAUAUUAAUAUCACCGUGAAGCUAGUUAUCAGAAAAUCUGAUGACAUUAUAUUAUAUGCUCAAGGGGGACGUGAUUUUGCAGAGUUGAUUAUACGUUUUUUAACAUUUCCAUUGGGUGGUGUUUUACGCAACUUAGAAGGGAAUAGUUCUUUGGGAAGUAUUGAUGGAUUGUGCAAGAGCAUAGCUGAUUUAAAUGAAGAAAUGUAUUUCAUAUCUAAGGAUGCAAAGAACAGGCUUCUCAAGAUAAGUGUUUUGCAAUAUUAUUGUGGAAAAAUAUUUGAUCUCACGCUUUUAAAAAAUGAAGAAGAUUGGAGGGAUAGGGGAAAUUUUAGAAAAAUGCAACUGGUUAAUACCAUUGCCACACUGCAUGCGGGAAGUCUGGGAAGUUUUGUCAAGAGACCAGAAAUGUAUGUGGUUACGGAUGAUCUGAUCGUAGAACCCUUGUUGUCUCCAGUUUCAUCUAUACAUGUACUUCAACGUUUCAAAACACCUAUUGAUGAUUUGGAGGAAAAAGUUGUCACCAUCGGCAUCAAAGAGAGUCGCAACAUAUUUAAGGCUGCUUUAUGCUCAACGUCUGCUCUAACGAAUGGUCUCCGUCACUUGUUAACACAAAUUAAGAAGGAGAAAUGAGAACAGAUAUCAUUUUGUUGGUUGAUCAAGAUUUGUGGUUUAAUAUUUGUUUAUGUUCCUGCCUUGUUACAAUGUCAUUUUUUAUAUUAAUGGCUGCUUUGGCUUCAAUGUUUUCUCUAACAAAUGGUCUAGCUCAGUUGUUAACUGAAGUUAAGGUGGAAAAAUGAGAAUUGAAGUGAAGUAUGAUAGAUGGAAGUUUGUAACAGACAACAUAACUAGACUUACUAUUUGGUGCUUAUUUCAUUUCUACCAUUUACAAUGCAAGUUCUGUUUCAUUUCUUUC